AGCGUAUCAUUUAAGUCUACAGACAUGUCGCCGUUCACUAAAACUCAUCACUACCACCCAUGAACAACAAAAAAAUGGAGAGCGAAGGAUUUUGAGAUGAGGUCUUUCAUUAUCGGACUUGCGUGCUCGAUGCACUCAAAGACGUAAUUGCUGCACAGCUAGCGCAACCAUGUGUCGGGAUCAAUAAAAACGCUGAAACGGGUCGUCAAGAUAACCAGGUCAGAGACCACUUCUUAUUGCCUUUACUUUCCCUACCCUCGUUCGCCGGUGUCGAGUGAUCCCAAAGGUCAACUCAAUUCGUAACAAGACAGAAACGCUCAUCAACCAACGACGGCCAUGGCAUCCAUUAAGGUCCCUAGAGUUGCCGUUAUCGGGGCCGGGCCAGCAGGCGCGAUUGCCACGGAUGCGCUGGUGAGAGAGCAAGCAUUCGAUGUCAUCCGCGUCUUCGACCGGCGGGACCAGAUUGGCGGGACCUGGGUCUACACGCCGCACCUCCCUGCCAGGAUUCCGUCGCUGCGGGACCUGCUGGACGGCAACGCAGAUGUCGCAGUCCCCAUCCCUCCCGCUCUGCCGGCGGAGACGCCAAAGUCGGAGGCCAUCAAUAGCCACCAGGUGCGGUUCUCGGACACGGCGCAGCAUGAGCACUUGCACAGUAAUAUUAUUCCCUCCCUCAUGAGCUACACGGACCGCCCGUUCCCAGACACUCUGUCCGAGCGUGUCCUGGCUCAUUACGGCCCCGGCGCCCCGUUCCGUCAUCGUGAGCUGAUCCGUGAGUGGGUCGAGGGUAUCUUCUUACGGGAUGGCAAUGACAGGCUCCUGGAGCUGAACACGACUGUCGAGCGAGCUGAGAAGAAGGCAGGAGAAUGGGUGCUUACGCUGCGGAAGGAGACGCCGGGGAAGAACUACUGGUGGCAGGAGAGUUUCGACGCACUGGUCGUGGCCACGGGACAUUAUCAGGUUCCAUGGUUUCCAACCAUCCCAGGGCUUGUUGAAUACGACGAGCGAUUUCCUGGUCGUGUACUUCACAGUAAGCACUUUCGCGACGGGACCAAGUUCAAGGGCAAGCGCGUGCUGGUCGUUGGGGCUUCGAUCUCCUCUCACGAGAUUCUCCACGAAGCUCUUCCCCACGCACAGCAUCCGGUCUACGCCUCGAUACGAGGCGAGCCCCUCCCGGCCUUCGGCUGGGCGCCCUUCAAGCAUCCGCACAUUGCCGUCAAGAAGGAGAUUAGCCGCCUCGACCCUCAAACGGGCCGCAUUUUCUUCGCGGAUGGCACCCACGUCGACGGCGUCGACUACGUCGUGUUCGGCACGGGGUUCACCUUCAGCCUGCCGUGGUUGCCACACGUGCAGGAGAGGAUCAAGACGGCAUACCGCCGACUGCCGGGCGUGUAUCAACACACAUGGGAUAUAGAGGAUCCAACGUUGACGUUCGUUGGCAUGCUCGGCGGAGGUUUCACCUUCCGCGUAUACGAAUGGCAAGCCGUGGCGGUAGCGCGGCACCUCGCGGGGCGGGCGCGACCUCUGCCCCCGGCGGCGGAGCAGCGGGCCUGGGAGCGGGAUCGGGCGGCGCGGCUCCGGGGCGGCAAGGACUACUACUCGAUAGCGCCCGACUACGAGGCCUUCUUCGAGCUGCUGCGGGGCAUCGCCGGGGAUCCGGCCCCGGGGACGGCCGGGCGGGUGCUGCCGCCCUUUGAGCGGGCGUGGCUGGACGUGUGGGCGGGGAUGACGGCGCCCAAGAUCCGGAGGUGGGAGGUGGAGAGGGAGAAGGCUGAGAAGGAGGAGGAGCGGUUGAAGACCAAGGUGAAGGCGCGACUGUAGGCGGAAAAGGAUGACCGGAAGGUUGGUCUUGUAACUUGGACUGUGAAUCUACCUGGUCUUGCAUACGCAGCAUUAUAUGCUUUCGGUGCCAAUUGAUAGGUAUGAUGCUUUUGGCAGGGUAUCGGUUUGUCGAAACGAGGCAAGGUUGAACCCCUAUUUCCUAGCAAUAUCAAUAUCAAAAU